CAGUCCAAUGAAGAGGAAGCACAGAAGGUAAAAUCCUCAUUGGAGGACAGACUCUUGCAUUCUCCAUUAUAGAGACUAGACAGUCAAAGUCAUUCCAGUCUAGGAGGACACCUUACAGGUCUGUGCAGCACCGUGCCUGAACCUUAUUCAGCAUCUCUGUGGCAUCUCUGUCCACGCCUGUAGCUCUGGACCAUGGUCCUUCAUAGCGGCUGCAGCAUGAGCAUCCCUGCCACUGUGAGCGCUGAGAGCCAGCUGCCUGCCUCCUGGAGCCCCCACUAUAACUGCCCAGAUGUUUCCAUGGUGACGCCAGGCUACGCGGGUCGACUGUGGUCUCAGGACCUCCACCCACAGUACUGGUCAAAAUAUCAGGUGUGGGAGUGGCUUCAGCAGACGCUGGAUAUGCACCAAAUUGAUGCCACGUCAAUACCCUUCAGUAACUUUGACCUGGAAGGGAGGCAGCUGUGCAGCAUGACCUACCAAGACUUCACCCGCUUGGCUGGAUCCAUUGGGCCUAUCCUCUACCAGAGCUUGGCUGACCUCAAGUGGACUGGUCAGUAUGGCUCAGCAGAUAUGUUUACACCAGGGGACAUAAAAACAGAAUUAGACGCAGAUCUUCCGUGUUCAAUCUUGCCUUUCAAAGAGGAGCCAAGCUUCUACUCCACUUCAGAGCUUUUUGAAAUUAAAACCCCAUUUCAGCCAUCUGCUAUGAUGGCCUCUCCAGCUCCCUCUAGUCCAGACCCCAAAAGGUCCCACAGUCGCUCUCACCAAGUAAAAAAACACAACCCUCGUGGAACUCAUCUGUGGGAGUUCAUACGAGACAUCUUACUGAACCCAGAGAGGAACCCAGGUCUGAUUAAAUGGGAGGACAGGUCUGAGGGAGUGUUCCGCUUUCUGAAAUCUGAGGCAGUAGCACAGCUGUGGGGCAAGAAGAAGAACAACAGCAGCAUGACCUACGAAAAGCUGAGUCGAGCAAUGAGGUAUUACUACAAACGAGAGAUUCUAGAGCGUGUGGAUGGACGCAGGCUGGUCUAUAAGUUCGGAAGGAAUGCUCGUGGUUGGCGGGAAACGGAAAAGUGAAGGAGUUUCAUUCCUUUUUCUUAAUAUGUGGAAAAAAGUGAAGACUCUUAAUUUUAACAAUAUGUCCAAAAAGAUCUUUGACUACAAGAAGGAGUUUGCUGUCUUCAAGAGCUUUUUAUGUACUUAUUUUUUCAAAAAUAUUUUCCUUUUUACUUUUUCAUAUCAAAACUGGUACAAUGCACUGACCUCAAGAUUGUAUGACAUUGUUUUACCUGAAAACUGAGUCAAACUGAGUUUUUCCCUUUUGAUUUGCUGUUGAGCUGUUUAUAGGUCUCUGUAUAAAUGGACAUUUUCAGAAAGAAGUUUCACAAAACUUAUCAAACAUGGGAGUAUAUGAACAUACCCCUAUCCCCAUGCCCUUAAUGCCAGCUCAACUUGAAAAUAUUUACUAGACAUGAAAUACCCUCCUGCUAUUAAUGACAUCCACGUCUGAAAUGCUUUGUAAUGUAUCACGCCUGAAAGUGCCCUAUUUCAAACUCUUUUUUAACAUCAUUGACUAGAUUUACCAGAAAAUCUGAAUGGCUUUAAAUGGUGCUUUUCAACUACUACUCAGACUAGUGACUCAACACAAGGCAGAUAUUGUGUUAUAAAAGAGAUACAGUUUCCUACUGACAAAAGGUAUGAUUAUGAGCAGGAAAAGAUUAAACUGGUUUCCAAGCCUCCAAUUGACUAAGAUAAACAAAUCACUCUGACAGUGGAUUUUUUUUAAUAGUAACAUUUUGGCACUUACUGUUGGUCAGCAUAUGUUUUCAUGAACCACAGAGGCCAUUCAUGUGGGAAAUAAACAAGAAAAACAAUCACACAAACAAAACAAAACAAAAAAUGCUGUAUAUAGUCUAUGAGUUGUUACAUUGUUGAGGAGUCUUUGAGGAGUAAACAAUGUAUUUAUAUAUUACAUUCAAACGUGUAAUCUGUUGUGUAUGUUAGAAUAAAAUGUUUUGUAAGCACA